UAUUACAGGCGUUUCCAGAGGGAGCGUUCUCAGAGUGACGCUUUGGUCCGCCUCAGUGGACGCUCACAAAUGUUGACGUUUUCUGAAGCUGGUUUCUGACAUAAAUAUUAAAAAUAAUAAUAAAAGAUGGACGACCAGGGCUGUCCGAGAUGUAAGACCACCAAGUACAGGAACCCGUCGCUGAAGCUGAUGGUGAACGUCUGCGGCCACACGCUAUGCGAGAACUGUGUGGAGAUGCUGUUUGUGCGCGGCUCGGGGAACUGCGUGCAAUGCGACACGCCUCUGAGGAAGAGCAACUUCCGCGUGCAGCUCUUCGAAGACGCAACUGUGGACAAGGAGGUAGAGAUCCGCAAGAAGGUGAUGAAAAUCUACAACAAAAGAGAGUUCGACUUCCCCAGCCUGAGAGACUAUAACGACUAUCUGGAGCAGGUGGAGGACAUAGUUUACAACCUUACAAACAACGUUGAUGUGGAGAACACCAAGGGCAGGAUGGAGCAGUACCAGAGGGAAAACAAAGACAUCAUCCAGAGAAAUAAGGCGAAGCUUACGCGGGAGCAGGAAGAGCUGGAGGAGCUGCUGCUUCUGGAGCAGCAGAGCAACGAGCAGCGGAGGCUGGAGGUGCUGCAGGAGGAGCAGAGGCAGCUGCAGGCCAAGAGGAAGAGCAAACAGACUCUGCUGGAUGAACUGGAACAGUCCAAGCUUCCUGCCACCAUCUUGCUUGCUCAACACAAGGUUCGCGCCGCCCAGCUGGAGACGCAGAUAGAGCAGCAGAAACAGAAUGUGAAGCCGACCAGCUUGUUCUCUACUGGGAUCCAGAUCGGUCAAACUGUUUCUCUCCAGCCUUUGCCCAGAAUACAGGAGGUUCUGUACCAAUACAAACCCCUGCAGGUUGAAACCUAUGGACCCCCACCACCCGACCUGGAGCAACUGAGCAGAUUUGGGUAUGAAUCUCUCUCUCUCUUUUUUUUUUUUCUCCAGUUUUGUUGCACAUCCAGAGACCAAAUCCGAUUUAGUUAA